UCCGGUGUUGACGUAUUUCCCAAUCGAAGUUGUGGUUUGGUGUUAGUGGAAUUUGCUGUAUACCUUUAUACAUAUUUGUAGUUUUUCGGGUAUUGUCUGGUGUUUUAUUCAAGACAAUCAUGUCGGUGACCAAUUCGCUAAAUAUUAAGCAGCCACCGAUCCAAUCGACGGCGGGAGCAGUACCUGUUCGCAAUGAAAAAGGUGAGAUUUCGAUGGAGAAGGUUAAAGUGAAGCGCUAUGUGUCUGGAAAGCGCCCUGAUUAUGCUCCGAUGGAGUCAUCAGAUGAAGAGGAAGAUGACUUCCAGUUUAUGAAGAAAGGGAAAGAGGCUGAACCUGAGGCUGAAGUGGAGGAGGAAGAGGUCUCAGAUCCUCGUCUUAAGCGUCUACUUAACCGUGUUAAUGAAGAUGUGGAGGAAAGGUUAGCAAGACACAGACAAAUUGCAGAACCAGAGGUGGUUGUGGAGAGUGGCUCUGAGUCAGAAGAAGGAGGUUGGCAUCCAGACCAAGAAGAUAGUAGUGAGGAAGAGGAAGAAGAGGAGGUGGAUGAUGAGGAAAUUGAACGGCGACGUGCAAUGAUGCGCCAGCGUGCACAGGAAAGAAAGAAUGAAGAACUGGAAAUAAUGGAAGUAGAGGAGGAGGGCAAGUCUGGAGAUGAAUCUGAAUCAGAGUCGGAGUAUGAGGAGUACACAGAUAGUGAGGAUGAAACUGAGCCCCGUCUAAAGCCAGUGUUUAUCAGAAAGAAGGAUCGUGUAACUGUUGCAGAGCGGGAAGCACAAGAACAACGGAAGAAGGAGCUGGAGGCAGAAGCAAAGAAGCAGGCAGAGGAACGUAGACGGUAUACAUUGAAAAUAGUUGAGGAAGAAGCCAAAAAGGAGUUUGAGGAGAACCGCCGUACAUUAGCUGCACUUGAAGCGCUUGACACUGAUGGAGAAAAUGAAGAAGAGGAGUAUGAAGCUUGGAAGGUUCGUGAGCUGAAACGUAUUAAAAGGGAUCGUGAAACUCGAGAAAUGAUGGAGCGUGAGAAGGCAGAGAUUGAAAGGUUCCAUAAUCUAACUGAGGAAGAACGCAGAGCUGAGCUAAGAUCCAAUGGUAAAGUCAUCAGCAACAAAGCUACAAAGGGGAAAUAUAAAUUUCUACAGAAGUACUACCACAGAGGGGCAUUCUUCAUGGAUGAAGAGCAAGAUGUCUACAAAAGAGACUUCAGUGCACCAACAUUGGAAGACCAUUUCAACAAGACAAUCCUACCUAAAGUUAUGCAGGUCAAGAACUUUGGGCGAUCUGGCCGCACAAAGUACACUCAUCUGGUGGAUCAGGACACUACUUCCUUUGACUCUGCCUGGGCUCAAGAAACUGCACAGAACAGUAAAUUCUUCAAACAAAAAGCAGGAGGAGUGAGAGAUGUAUUUGAGAGACCUUCUGUGAAGAAAAGAAAAACCUGAGAAAUAUUUAAUAAUUAUUGAUUUAGUGAUGGUGCAUCUCACUAGCAUCACUGAACUUUACUUGAUUCACCAUGGUAUAACUUCCUAACCUUUAGUGCUUUACAUUUAAAACAACUGUGGAUAACAUAGGGAGAAAUUGGUAGAUUCAAGAUUAGUUCAUCAAGUUAAGACCGAACAGGACAAGUUGAAGAAAAUAAGCUUUUCGAAUUGAAGCUUUUGUCCUUAGAACAAAUUCUUCUUUUGCUUUUCAACCCUUUUUAUUUUUUGUAUUUAUAAGUCAGGUUGUAUUGUGUUUUUUAAAUUGUUUUGUGAUUGAGAUAUUAUAAUAGUUUAUGGGAAUUAAAUCGAUUUGUCAAAAGAUAUGCAAUUUCUUUUUCUGUAUCCUUUAUACAAUAUUCAGUUCACGUUUUGCCUUACAUUGUGUGUAGCAUUAGAAAUCUUAUGUAGUUUUUUUUUAUC